UAUGACAUUUGUUAUUUUCAUUUUCUUAGAAACUUCAUCACCGAACACGCGUUGCUUUGUCACCGGUUUAACUCCAUAUGUGAUCAAUAAAUACAUCGUUUCUCACGUAAUAAAUGAGAAACGUUAUAUCAUUCGUGUAUAAAUGUAGUGUAUUUAGUAAGCGACUACCAUCUGUUCAAGUUCAGUGCAAAUUCUUAUCUGGCCAGUGGGGCAGCAAUAAACUUCACCGAAAAAUAAAAAUACCUAAUCCUUUACGAGAAACAAUUAUGGCUGAUCCAAAAAUCGAAGAAAUUUUAGCUCCACUAAGGGCUAAUGUCAAAAGUCAAGGCGAUCUUGUUAGAAAACUAAAGGAAGAGAAAGCACCAGAGCUAGACAUCAAAAAAGCUGUUGCUGAAUUGAAGGCACGUAAGAAAAUACUAGAAGACAAAGAACUAAGUCUUGCGCCUAGCGAUGAAAUAUUUGAUCGAGCAAAGAUGGAAGAUCUUAUCAAAAGGAGAUUCUUUUAUGAUCAGUCUUUUGCAAUUUAUGGUGGUAUAACUGGCCAAUUUGACUUUGGCCCAAUGGGAUGUGCUUUAAAAAGUAACAUGAUUCAACUGUGGAGAAAGUAUUUCAUCCUUCAAGAGAAUAUGCUGGAAGUUGACUGUUCUAUUCUUACCCCAGAACCUGUAUUGAAAGCAUCUGGUCAUGUAGAAAGAUUUGCCGAUCUUAUGACUAAAGAUGUGAAGUCAGGUGAAUGCUUCCGUUUAGAUCAUCUCAUUAAAGCUCAUUUAGAAAAAAUAAAAAGUGAGAAAAAUACAAAAGCUGAACUCAAAUCUGAAAUAGAAGACAUCUUAGUGAAGCUAGAUGGAAUGAAUGCAGAUGAAAUGUCUGCUCUAAUGGAAAGGUUCAAAAUGAAGUCCCCCAUAACAGGAAAUGAUCUUACUCCACCCAUAGAAUUUAAUUUGAUGUUCAACACCCAAAUUGGGCCUUCCGGUUUAGUGAAAGGAUUCCUGAGACCAGAAACAGCACAAGGUAUCUUUGUUAAUUUUAAACGCUUGUUGGAAUUCAAUCAAGGACGCCUGCCAUUCGCAGCUGCUCAGAUUGGCAACUCAUUUAGAAAUGAGAUAUCUCCUCGUUCAGGUCUUCUCAGAGUAAGAGAGUUUACUAUGUGUGAAAUUGAACACUUCUGCGAUUCAAAGGACCAUCCAAAGUUUGAUUCUGUGAAAGAUACAAAAAUGCUGCUGUAUUCUGCAGACAACCAGGAGCAAGGUAGACCAGCAGAAAUUAUGACAAUUGGAGAUGCAGUGGCUAAACAUAUUGUUAAUAAUGAAACUCUGGGCUACUUCAUGGCCAGGAUUCACUUGUAUAUGCUGGCAGUUGGCAUUGAUUCCAAGAAACUCAGAUUCAGACAGCACAUGGGUAAUGAAAUGGCUCACUAUGCUUGUGAUUGCUGGGAUGCAGAAUGCCUGACUAGCUAUGGUUGGGUUGAGUGUGUGGGAUGUGCUGACAGAUCCGCUUAUGAUCUUACUCAACACACAAAGGCUACAGGCAUAAGACUUGCAGCAGAGAAGAAAUUACCAGCUCCCAAACAGGUUAAAAUCGUUGAAGCUGUUUCAAACAAAGCUGCCAUUGGCAAGGAAUUUAAAAAGGACGCUAAAAUUAUUAAUGACACUUUAGCCACCCUAGAUUCUGCAGCCUUAGAGGAAUUAGAAAAUAAGCUUGCAACUGAAGGUCAUUAUGAUCUUGAUACUCCAAAUGGGUCUUUCAAACUGACACCAAAUCUUGUUUCUGUCAAGACAAGUGAAAAGACACUUCAUGUAGAAGAAAUAAUUCCAAGUGUGAUUGAACCAUCUUUUGGCAUUGGCAGAAUCUUGUACAGUAUAUUGGAACAUAACUUUAAGAUGAGGGAUGGUGAUGAACAAAGAACUUACUUCUCACUGCCACCAGCAGUGGCACCUAUGAAAUGUGCUGUGUUACCAUUGAGUGGCAAUGCCGAAUUCCAACCUUUUGUAAAGGAAUUAUCAAAAGAGUUACUUUCGGUUGAUGUUUCUCACAAAGUAGAUGAUUCUUCUGGUUCUAUUGGGCGCAGGUACGCCAGAACAGAUGAAUUGGGGGUACCGUAUGCUAUUACAGUAGAUUUUGAUACUACAAAACAACCACAUUCAGUAACAUUGCGAGAAAGGGAUAGCAUGGGACAAGUGCGUCUACCUCUGGAAGAUGUCUCUGCUAUCGUAAGAGAUUUAGCAAAUGCCAAGAUCACUUGGACAGAUGUGGAAAGCAAAUAUCCUAAGUUUGAACAACAGGAGAACACUAAAGGCGCAGCUGCUUAGAUAUUGAAAGGAUUAUUUGCCCAGCUGUUUUAGAUCUUGAGUAAUUUAUUUCUGUUAGGUAUAAGCUAAAAUACAGAUACUAAUGUAACAAUUUCUUGUGCAAUUGUAAUUACUUUGAUGCUACAAUCUUUUUUGUUAUGCAAUAUAAA